AUGGAUGGACGGGCCUUGUCGCUCCAGAUUGUCGGCCGUAACCAGCUACUGUAUGGUGCUGGGGGAGCUUCGUGGAGGCAGGGCGCGUGGGCGAGACUAAAGAGUACAAAGGCACUAAGGAACCUCGACGAUGACGAGACAAAGUCGGCGGAGGGCUGUGCCAAUUGGUGA